AAACGCAUCUGGCACUCUCCCGUCCCUAAUUGCUGCUUGUCGGCACUCAAAACUUUCCCAGUAAUCUGUACCACUUACAAGCUCAUCACCAUGUCCGACUUUGAAGAUGAAAUGGACGUUGAUGCGCCUACUGUGGACAACUCAAUAAGCUUCGGCGGAGACCAAAAAAAGGGCAAACGGAGUGCUGCAAAUCUGCCUGUAGAAGCUGAAGACUCACUACCAUGGGUCGAAAAGUACAGACCAAACUCGCUAGACGAUGUAGAAGGUCACAAGGACAUAAUAGCAACCAUUAACAAGUUUGUCGACUCAAACCGACUUCCCCAUCUCCUGCUCUAUGGCCCACCAGGAACUGGAAAAACCUCAACUGUCCUCGCACUUGCACGACGCAUAUACGGGAACAAGAACAUGCGACAGAUGGUGCUGGAGCUGAACGCUUCAGAUGAUAGAGGUAUCGACGUCGUAAGAGAGCAGAUCAAGACGUUUAGUAGCACCAAGCAAAUCUUUGCUGCGGCACCCAGGGCUGGAGAUUCGUCGCUCGCAACCUUCAAGCUCAUCAUCCUUGAUGAGGCAGAUGCCAUGACUGCGACGGCCCAAAUGGCACUGCGACGUAUUAUGGAGAAGUAUACAGCAAACACACGCUUCUGUAUCAUUGCAAACUACACACACAAGCUCUCACCAGCACUACUCUCGCGGUGUACGAGGUUCCGAUUCUCUCCUCUUAAAGACCAGGACAUUAGGAACUUGGUCGACAAGGUCAUUGAAGACGAAAAGGUCAACAUCACACAGGACGCUACAGGCUCACUUGUCACGUUGAGUAAAGGAGAUAUGAGGCGAGCACUUAAUGUGUUGCAGGCUUGUCACGCUUCGAGCACGCCGCUUCAGCCACCGGGAAGGCCAGCAGUAGACCCAAACACCAUCGUGCGUGAUCAGAUCACUCAGACGACCAUCUACGACUGUAUAGCAGCCCCGCAUCCCUCCGACAUCAAGUACAUUCUCGAAACGCUACUCUCAAAGAACGACAUGACCGAAUGUUUACGGACGGUUAAUAACUUGAAGAUAAUGAAGGGACUGGCACUGGCAGAUAUUCUCACAGCGGUCAGCGAAGAGCUCGUCACCAACGAUGUCCCUCCGCAGGUCAUGGUCACAUGGAUGUCAGGCCUAGCAGACAUCGAGUAUAGGCUAAGUGGGGGUGGUAGUGAAACCAUACAGACGGGCGCAGCAAUUGGUGUUGUGAGGACAGGUGUAGAGCUACUAGAAAAUGGAAAGAGGUGA